GUUAACUCGAGAGAGAAAAGGCGGUAGAGCGAUUAUUUUGAUCUUAAAGAUGGGUUUGUAAUUUUAAAUACGAAUGUCAAGACAGUUCUACUGUAUGGGGCGGAGACAUGGAAAACUACGAAAGCCACCAUCCAAAAUAUAUGGGUGUUUAUUGAUAGUUGUCUACACAAAAUACUUCGGAUCCGUUGGCCAGACACUAUCAGCUACAAGUCGCUAUGGGAGACAACAAAUCAGAUUCCAGCGGAGGAAGAAAUCAGGAGGAAGCGCUGGAAGUGGAUAGGACACAUAUUGAGGAAGUCACCCAACUGCAUCACAAGACAAACCCUUACAUGGAAUCCUGAAGGCCAAAGAAGAAGAGGAAGACCAAUGAACACAUUACGCCGAAAAAUGGAAGCCGAUAUGAGAAGAAUGGACAACAACUAGAUAGAACUAGAAAGGAAGACCCAGGACAGAGUAGGUUGGAGAAUGCUGGUCGGCUGCCUAUGCUCCAUUGGGAGUAACAGGCGUAAGUAAGUAAGAUGUCCUACUUAAUUUUAAGCCAAUUGGAUAUUUUAAUACAUAUUCAUUCAUUCAGUUAGUCAGUUACAACGAAGAACUUUGUACGUACGUACAUCAGUUCGAGUUGCCAUACCCCAUUAGCACAGAGAUUCAGUUGUCAAUUCAAAUCCUACAUUAUUGUGAAAGAUUUGGGUUUGAAGAUGUUAUUGAAGCAGUAUAAUCCAGUGAAAUAAAUUUGGAAAGAGAAAAAAAGAUUCAGAAAUACAUAUUCAAUAGUUGAAUAUAAACCGCAACGUAUAUUUUAUACUGCUCGUUCAAACGAAUUAUCAAGUUAGUUGAUGUAAAGAAAGUUUCGUAACUUACAUCAAUAUUGGUUAUAUAGCUAACUUUUCAAAAAAUUCUUUCAGGUGCACAACUUGACAACUGUUUUCCGUCCAGUAUACGCCGUCAUGUAGGACUUAUUCUUGGUAUUCUGGAUUUAUUCUUUUUUGGAGGAUAUCAUUAUGGAUUUAAUUCCCUCAUUGGUAUUUACAAAUCCUUGGGUUUAUUCGCUUACAACUGCACACAAUCUGGUUGUAUGUACAAAGAAGAUAUGUUUGGAAUCAGCUUUAACGUAUGGUUUGUUUCACAAAUGUGCCUCAUUACAUUGGCCGGAAUAUUUAUGGAUAGAGUUGGAUUGAGACCUUUAAAAUUGGCUUCAACAUUAAUGUAUGCUGCUGGCACUCUUAUGUUUGCUUUUACAACUGGUAAAGUAGCACCACUUUUCUUUACUGCUGGUAUUCUGGUUGCACUAAGUAGUAUAUGCAGCCUAAUUUGUAAUCAUCAAAUUAGUUCAAUGUUCCCACAUUUUCGUGGAAUAUGCAUAUCACUUAUUUCCGGAGCCUUUGAUUCGAGUACAGUUGUAGCGUAUGUUGUAUCGAAAUAUCACCCCUAUUUUUCACUCCAGUGGUCAUUUAUAUCAUUAUCAAUAGGUUCAUUCAUUAUGGGUUUGUUUAUGGCAAUGUUCAUUUUCACUAUGAAGUCAGUAGAUAUGGCCAAAUUUGCAAAAAUGGAAGUAAAGGAAUCAGUUUUUCAGUCACGAGAAAGUUGUCUGGAAGAAUCAUCAUCAGUUGACGUUGACAAAGAACUGUCGAAUGUUAUUGAUGAACGUUUUCCAACACUAAGGAAAUGCAUCUUUUCAGCUUCAUAUGCAUUGAUUAAUUUAUGGCUUAUUCUUGGCUUAUUUCGUUUUGCCAUAUUUUUAAGUCAGUUAUACAGACAACUAUUUCAUUUGUUUCCAACAGAUGAAAAACUAGUUGAACAUCUAUUAGAAGUGUCUUCAGUUUUUUCAAUGUGCGGCUUUUUCGCAGCACCUAUUUCUGGAGUGAUUAUUGAUUUGUCUUUGAGACGUUCUCGUGAUAAAGUGGCAAAUAUGCUAAUUAGUAACAAAUUCAAUGUAUCUAAUAGAGAAAUGUAUUAUAAUUACAUUUGUGGUUUAGUGCCUGCACUCACAAUAAUGGGCAUAUUUGCUGUUAUUUUAAGUGCAAUGAUGUUUAUUCCUGACACUAUUGCCAUUUAUACAGCAUUUGUCUGUUUAGUUAUUGUUCGAUCAAUAAUGUUUAGUGCGUUUGUCAGUUAUUUAUUGACAGGUUUCCCAAUACGUUAUUUCGGCACAUUGAAUGGUAUUUCAAGUGCCAUGGCUGGUUUAUUCAGUCUGCUACAACAUAUUUUUCUGCACACAAGCGGUACUACGGCUAACUCAGUGUCGAUGGCAGCAUCUGUCAGUUUAUUUAUUACACCUUUCGCACUAUUGAUGUUAAGACGUUAAAUGUGUUUUGCAAAAGGUUAAUUUAUGGGUUUCUGAUGUAUUUGUUUCAAAUAUUCCACAAAAUUACUUAUGAUUGCUUCACUUUUCUUUUGUUUUUGUUCCACUUACACAUAUAUUUAAUCAAACGAUUCAUCUAAUCCUCCCUCCCUCAAUCCUCUAUUCCCAAACUGCUCAUUUCUGUGCCUUAUUUGAGUAUGAAUUUUGUGGUCUUUAAUUUAACUUUUAAAAAGAAUAAACAGAAAUAAGUGGACGAAAAAAGCAAUAAUAUUUUGUACCGAUCUUUCUGGGAUUUCUAUUUAAUUAUCGUACUGCUUAUGUGAUUUUCAUCCAGUUAUUCACAAUAUUUGUCAGUCGAAACAUAUUAAUAGGUUCCG